AUGUCGAAAUAUGAAACAAUAGCAUUAUCUGAAGAGUGCAGCGCGAUCAUCCAGCACAGGAUCCCUCCCAAACUUAAAGAUCCAGAGAGUUUUACUCUACCUUGCUUCAUAGGAAAUCUAAAUGAUAUAAAUUGUUUAAUUGAUUCAAUAGCGAAUAUUAAUUUAAUUCCCUUACCUCUUUACAGGAAACUGGGAUUAGGAGUUCCUAAGGCGACAUCUAUUAUCCUUCAGCUAGCGGACCGAUCACUGAAACACCCCUACGGAAUAGUCGAAGACAUGCUUAUCAAGGCGGAGAAUCUCGCCUUGCUGGAUUUUGAUGCUAAUGAGAUAAUCUUGAGGAUAGAGGAUAAGAAACAGAGCUUCACCAUGGAGAAUGUAAUCAAGCAACCAUCUUACUUUGAGGACUGCCAACGAGUUUUUCCCUCUUCAAGCCACCAUGAAUAG